CGUCUGGCUGUCCGCAGUCUUCCUCCCGGCAUCCACGUGAAAGUAUCGGAGGAGAGGAUGGAUCUACUUCGUGCCAUCAUCCACGGGCCCACCAAGACUCCCUACGAGGACGGGCUGUAUGCUUUCGACAUCUUGCUCAGCCCCGACUAUCCGACUGUCCCGCCCUCUGUUUUCUUCUUCUCCUUCGGCGACCGCUUGAACCCCAACCUCUACACGGAUGGCAAAGUUUGCUUGAGCCUGCUGGGCACGUGGGACGGGGAGGGCGUCGAGAAGUGGAAUGCUGAGACCUCGAACGUGCUUCAGGUCUUGGGUCUUGUACUAGUGCCUGAGCCCUACUACAACGAGGCGGGGUACGACAAGCAGAUUGGAACUUUAGAGGGGAAGCACAACUCGCAGGAGUACAACGAGUCUGCCCUGUUGCUCGUUCUGAAGCACAUGCUCAACAUGCUGAGGGCUCCCGUCCCCUCCUUCGAGGGGCUGAUCAAGUCGCACUUCAAGGAGCGGCGCGACCGGAUCCUUUCAAGGUGGCUCCUUGUCCUUCCGCCUUCCGCCAGCUGA